AGACACGACCUCUCGGACACAAAUCUCUCUCUCUCUCUCUCUCUCAUACAAAUAAAUAUUUAGAACGAUGGAAGUGCCAGAGCUAUUUAUGGGAGGCUGCUUCAGAGCGGGAGCGUCCCCAUUCUCGCCGGAAAAACAGAAGCCAGGAGACCACUUCACCGUUGACGACCUCCUGGACUUUUCCAACGAAGACGCCGUGAUGACGGACGGUCUCUUCGACAAUGUCGCUGGGAAUUCUAACGAUUCUUCCAUCGUAACUGCUGUCGACAGCUGCAAUUCAGCUAACGAACCUCAGUUGAUCUACAGCAACAUUAGCUCCCGGAGUGUUAGUGAUUCUCAGUUCUCCAACGAACUCUGCGUUCCGCACGACGAGUUGGCAGAGCUGGAAUGGCUAUCGAACUUUGUGGAGGACUCGUUCUCUGCCCAACAAGACCUCGAAGCCUUCCACUUCCUUUCAGGUCUCACUACCAUCGCCACGAAACCUCAGACGCCCGAAGCUUCCUCCUCCUCCGAAACGCUUCCUCCCCGAACCGCCCCCUUUUUCCAGCCCGAAACUCCACUCCCCGGUAAGGCCCGAAGCAAGCGCUCACGCGCACCCCCUUGUGACUGGUCCACGCGCCUCCUUCACCUCACCAACCCAUCCGAACUUGACACGCCAAACCAAAAACCACCAUCCCCUGAUUCCCCACAUCCGACGCCGUCUAAUGAAAAGGAGAGAAACAAACAAAACGAGUCGGACUUCUCCUCGGGACGCAAGUGUGUACACUGUGCGUCUGAAAAGACCCCGCAGUGGCGGACUGGGCCCAUGGGACCCAAAACCCUUUGUAACGCUUGUGGAGUCCGGUAUAAAUCGGGUCGGCUAGUGCCCGAGUAUCGGCCCGCCGCCAGUCCAACUUUUAUUUCGGCAAAGCACUCCAAUUCGCAUCGGAAGGUAUUGGAAUUGAGGAGGCAGAAAGAGUUGCAAAGAGCUCAGCACCAACAGUUUUUUAGCCGAAGUUCAAUUUUUGGUGUUCCCAACGGUGGUGAUGAUUACUUUAUCCAUCAUCAUAGUGGGCCCGAUUUUAGACAUUUGAUCUAGAGUGGUUAAUUUAAAUUUUACAACUUUGA